ACACUUCCAAGCUCCAGAGAAAGCGAUACUAACAGCACCGUGACUCCAGCAAUGGCACCUACAAUCACUGCAGCUAUGCGAUACUCACAGGGACACCUGGCAAUGACAAACAAGUUGAGAAAACCGGUGGUUGAAAAGAUGCGCAGAGAUCGUAUCAACAGCAGCAUCGAGCAGCUCAAGACGUUACUGGGAAAAGAAUUCGUGAAGCAGCAGCCCGAUUCCAAACUGGAGAAAGCGGACAUCCUGGAAAUGACCGUCUGCUACCUGAGACAGAGCGCCUCCCCCCGGCCAGCGACGGGAAAUGAAGGCUACUCCAGGUGUGUGCAAGAAAUCGUGCGCUUCCUUUCCCGGGAUGAAAUGAAGACAGAAACCCAGAGAAAACUACUGAACCAUUUCCAAGCUGCGCAGAAUUCUCCAGUGCAUCAGACCCCCGUCAAAGAGGCGACCCCGGUGAAGAGUGCCCUCUGGCGGCCCUGGUAGAUCACAACGGACACUGUCACUUUGAACACUUUGACAUACAGAAUUCAACAUGCCUGUCUAUGAUGGGCAUAUACAGUAAUUCUCAUUGUGUAGGGGGUGUUUCCCUUCCUCUUUUGCUUGUGCAGAAGAUUUUAAUGCUACUUUCAUUGAUUGAAAGGAACCACAAUAGGUACCCAAUGCUGGGGCAAUAUUGUGUACGCUAGUAUUUGUUCAUUCUUGUUAUACAAGAGUUGUGUAUGCAGCGAUGACGCUGUUUAGUUCAAAGUCAUUUCUGUUUAUAGAAAUAUUAUGAUGAGUAAAACUCGGGUAUUCCUGUCCUCUGUGAAGGCAGUAUAUCCUGAAUAGAAUCUUGUCUCACAAAAAUUGUGCGUGCAU